ACGCUACUAUCUCCUUCAGGAUCCGACCGAUCCGACACACGGGACACGGGCAAAGUGAUCGGCAUGGCUUCGGUACUAGGAAGGUCAAUCGCCAAAAACGUGCGACCGGCAUUGUUACUUACUGCUAGGCGGUUUAAAUCCGAGGAAAAACGGAUUUAUGAUGCCAUGGAGUAUGCCACUGGGAUAGAAAAGAAAGAGUUGCUUGCAAGGGCAGCAGGAAACGAUGAUCCGUUCGACAUGAGGGUGUUCAAGAGAGGCCCUGGCACCAAGGACAACCCCAACCUCAUUCCGUCCCACUUAGAAAAGCGAAUGAUUGGCUGCAUCUGCGAAGAGGACGCGACAACCAUCAACUGGAUGUGGCUGCACAGAGGGGACCCCAAGCGCUGCGAAUGCGGCCACUGGUUCAAGAUCGUGGAUGCCAAGCCGCUCUAGGGAGGAGGCCACCAUAACACCCUAGUCCUGCAGCGCAGUAGUCUUCACAGUUGUUUACGGAAGAGACCUUACGCGAGAGUAGGGUGACCCGGUCGCUCGCACCAUUUGCAGCCAUUCUUGUUGAUUUCUCGAUGUCGAAGCAAUUUUUCUUUGGACACGCAAUAAAAAAAAGGAAAUGCCUCAA